GUUGACAGAGAACAUGAUCUUGGAAUCUGUCUUGUAAGACAAUGUAUGAAAAAAUUGAAGUUGAGGAUCGAAGCAGGGGUGCACACCUACUCUUCUUGAGGUUUCAUUGCCAAAGCAGAGCAACACAAGUUAUUUCCUGUGAAAAGAUAAGUACCACCCCCUUCAAAUUUCUAUAGCACCACGAUCAAACACAGAGCAUCUUCUCUAAGACCACAAGGCAUGGGUCCCUUGUUUCUUUCUUUCUCUUUGAAUCCAGAUCUAUUUCUUUCUUUCUCUUUGAAUGAAUCUGGUUUGGAAUCUCUUCCCAAGUACAAUACCUAAAUGAUAAAUCUUAAAAACAAAAGCCCAGACAAAGAAGACAACAGGAAAAAAUAGAAAUCGGUUAAUAACCCGAUUCUGAAUCCCUUUUUUUGCAACGGUUAUAAAAGAUUCCGAAUUUUGAACUAAUUGUUUUUGGAUUGGUUAAUUUGAGUCGGGUCAGGUUGAAUUUUCGGUGAAAAUCGGUUUGCUGAUUAUUUUAUUCACCCCUAGUUAAACUAAUUAAAUUAUUAUAUUUAUCAUCCAUACAUCACAUUCUUCUUAUUUUAAAAUUUUAAUCUCUUUCAUCCCACGCUAUUUAUGCAACGUCUACGUGUAUUUCCUGACCAGUCGGAAAUAUUUUGAAAUUGCUAAAUUUUCCCGCGAAACAGAGCGAAAUGAAGGAGGUCCCAACACCACGGAAGGAACAGGCUCGUCCCUCAGAGCACUUGGAUCGGAGAUCCAAAGAAUCCUCGUCGAAGAAGCUACCAAAGACCGUGAAGAAAAGCUUAAACGCAGCAUUUACGUCGCUUUCCGAAGAUGUUACACCAUCUACAAAGGAAUCUUUGGAUUUAUUUUCGAUUUCUGAGAUCGCUGGCUCUGAUCACAUUGGAGAAGAAAGCUUCUUGAUGGCUGUGAACCCGGCUCUUUCUGCUUCAUCAGAAUCACUGGUAACUUCCGCCCUUACUCCGUCGUCCACAGUCACAGUUGACAUGGAGGGAUCGGGACACCUUCACGAAACCUUCGAGCUGGGCGGUUCCAAGAUAAGCUCUGUGGAGGCGGAGAUCGCGGUCGAUUUUCUCAAAAGAAGUCGGUUUCAGGUCCUGAAGUCGGCGGAUGUAGAUCCUCAAUCUAAGAGGAUUAUGGAUGCAAUAAUCGAGAUCGUUAUUGACGAGUUACACCUUCGGCCAGAAGAGAAAGACCACUUCGCCGAACUCGUUAUCAUGAAAACUCAGAUUCUUCUCCUCUGUUUCUUCUUGUGGAUCCUUGCCGUGGCAGUAGCUUUCUUCUUCGGUUCAGCGAUCCAAAACUCUUCCAGCGGACCUCUUCCAACCUGAAUUAUCAAGCACAAGUAGUAAGGGAUCUGUUAAUUCGGCAUAUAUAGUAGGUCUAAUUUUGCUUCAAUAUGAGAUGGUUUGCACUCUCAUUUUACUGAUCUGAACUGUGCAGUCCUGCAUUGAUUGACAACAGGUGUCAAUCGAAAUGACUUGGUUGAGUACUAUCUCACAAAAUUGAAUGAUAUUAUGAUAUGCCUUGGCUCUA